AUGACUCCAAGAAAUCAUAGUAAAUCAAAAACACCGAAUCCUCGUAGUGACGAAAACCACGAACAUGUUUCAGCAUUAACUAGGGAAGAAAAUCCUACUGAUUCUACUAAUUCUUUGCAUCAAGAAUCUCCUAAUUCGCGUCAAGAAACAUCCAGUCUUCAUAACGAUGAAAAUCUCGAACAUGUCUCAGCAUUAACGAGUGGAGGUAGUCAACAAGAAAGUCCUACUGAUUAUACUGAUUCUCUGAAUCAAGAAUUUUCUAAUUUGCUUCAAGAAACACCUACUCCAAAUAUUAUUUUUAACC